CUUCCUGGACCUGUCAGACAAACACCAGACAGCAACUACCUUCUCUUCUUGGCUGAUCAACAAAUUGACGUUUCUGGAACCAAAUACAACGUCUUCAAAUGUAUACAAUAUGAAAGGAUAACAGACUUUUCCUAUAAAUACUUCAUUUACAAUGAUCGGGAAUCCAGUGCGGGAAACUCCAGGCUUACGCUAGAAAAAUACAAUCCAUCCGUAAAUUCAUUCAAUAUGUCUGCAUUAUGUAGUCCGAAUUCACCACCUUCACUGGAAGAAUUUCACGUUAUCGUCAAAAAGGGAUAUGAGAAUGUUGUGGGUCAGUGGUGCCCCACACCUCUUAUUGGGACUUUUAAUUAUAAACACGACACCGGAAGUGUCGUCACAUGUAACUCUGCAUCCAACCUUGACGUUUGCACCAACUGGACUACUCUUGUAUAUGACUAUACGAAAUGCCCAACAAUACAAGCCUUUUCAGCUGAAGGGAUGGUAGAGUGUGUCUACACACAGAUCGUUGGAUCUAUUUACUAUGUAUCUGUCUUUAACAACGGAACUGUAGAUUACAGCUCAUAUCAACGAUUUACUUGUCUGGCCUUAGAGGAUACUGGGAGUAUUUUGCGGGUCAGUGACAGUGCUGGAAGUUGUAAUGUGGGACAAUCCCCAACAGUAAAGCAAGCUGAUGGAUCUGGAACCUUGGAAAUAUCACCAAAACAAUCCUGUUAUGGAAAUUGUACAUUACCAUCCGCUUGGGAUUCUAACUGGAUAGAUAGUGGUCAUGGUCAAAUUCUUUUCAACCAAUCGGAUGCUCGAAUUGUAUCAGGGUGGUCAGUUACAGUAUAUGGUACCACUGUGUCUUCCUGGACCUGCCACGCUUCCAAUUCAAGCUCCUCAUCCAACUCCGGAAUGUCCCUUUUCAAAGCAGAUAAAACAAUUUCCUUCAAUGACAAAAAAUACAACGUUUACCGUUGUAUAGAAUGGACGCAAAUUACCAACCAUUCAUUUUCCUACUAUGUCCGGCAAGAUGAAAGCAGUCUGACAAGUAAUCAACGUUUUCUGGUGGAAGAGCACAGUCCGUUCGUGACGUCAUGGGAUCUGGAAACUUAUUGCAAGCAGACUAGCUCAACACCCAUAGAGGAAUACCAUGUUUUAAUUCAGGAAGGGUACGAGUCUGACGUGAAGCAGUGGUGCCCUGUUCCACUUAGGGCUACAUUUAACUACACCCACGACGAUGGCACCACUGUCACCUGUGGAAGUCAAUCCAGUCUUAGUCUGUGUCCAGAUUGGACAACGAUGACCUUUGAUUACAGCCGCUGUUCUACUGAGCAAGCUUUCUCAAAGGAGGGCAUCGUUCACUGCGUCCAUUCUGUGUUUGACGGAGCAUCGUUUUACACAACUGUAAUAAAUCCAGGGAAUGUGACCCUCCCAAACCAUCAUCGAUUCACUUGCUUCGCAAUAAAACAAGAAGGGUCUACAAUAUAUAUGAGUGAUAGCAUGAAUAGCUGUAACAAAGGCCAGGAUGGUAAAGUGAGACAGACAGAUGGAUCAGGAGUUACUACACUGUUGGUGAAUGGUUCCUGCUACGGAUCAUGUACUUUCCCGCCUUUAUGGGAUGGAGAAUGGUACGACAGUCUCCAUGGUGACAUCACAUUUGGCAGUUCUCUCAGUAAGGUGACAGGAUGGGAAUACAACGCCUACAACCAAAUAGUGACACCAUUCACUUGUCAGUCAGAAAAUACCACCAGUAACCAGCUCCUCUUUAUGGGUGACAACAGGAUCACUGUAUUUACCCGUACCUUUAACGUAUUUGUCUGUAUCCAAUGGGUGAAGAUUACAGAUUACUCCUACUAUUACUACGUAAUCGGAGACGAAGAACCAAAUAUAUCCGGCAAGAGACGGGCAAAAGUGGAGAUUGAUGACCCCUCUGUAACAUCUUUCUCUACGUCAAAAUACUGUCAGGCAACUUCCGCUCCAGACUUUGAGGAAUAUCAUGUUCUGGUCAAAAAAGGGUAUGAAGCACUUGUUGUACAGUGGUGCCCUACUCCAUUGUUGGGGAGUUUCACAUACAUUCACAAUGAUGGCACCACCAGCUCGUGUUCCUCGUCCUCGGAGCUACAAGUUUGUCCCACGUGGACAAGGAUGAAGUUUGACUACACAAAGUGUCCCACCAAACAGGCAUUUUCUGAUGAAGGCGUGGUGGACUGUGUUCAAACAAUAAAGAAGGAUGAAACAUACUUCACCACCGUUAUAAACAAUGGGAGUGUUGAUUACAACAAUUAUUACCGAUUCAGUUGUCUAGCUAUAACAGUCUCUGGAGGUAAAGUAUAUGUAAGCGAUAGUAAAGGUAGCUGUCAGAAAAAUCAAACAUCCACAAACAAACAGAUAGACGGUAGUGGUACACUCGUGCUAACAAAACAAGAGAGUUGCUACGGAAACUGCACGUUUCCAUCUACAUGGGAUGCCGGAUGGUACGAUAGCAGUAUGGGUGACAUUACUAUGAGUAACACCUCCUUAGCCAUUACGUCAGGAUGGUCUGUGGAUGUCCAUUCUGUCCCUGUGACGUCCUGGACUUGUGUAUCAGAGAACACCACCAAUAACAUCAUGCUUUUCAAGGGAGAUCAAGUGGUAGAAGUUUCACCUGGCGUUAAGAAGAAUAUUUUCAGAUGUAUCCAAGUGAAUGAGAUAACAAAUGAAUCAUAUUUCUAUUAUAUUAAAAAUGACUUUAACACAGAUGCUCAAAGUAAACGUAUAGGCGUUGGAAACUACGAUCCGUUUGUGACGUCAUUUGACGUCAACAGUUUCUGUUCACCUACCUCAGAACCUGGGGUGGAGGAGUACCACAUGCUUUUGAAACAAGGGGCUGGAUCUCAAAUACAACAGUGGUGUCCAAAUGCAUUGUUGGGAAAGUUUUCCUACACUCAUGACUCCGGAAGCUCACAGACAUGUUCUUCUUCUUCUGAACUUAGCACCUGCUCAGAUUGGAGAACAAUGAAGUUUGAUUACUCUAAAUGUGCUACUGUUCAAGCCUUUUCAUCGGAAGGACGGGUACACUGUGUAAAUACCAUCAAAUCAGGUUCUAUUUAUUACACUUCAUUAUUCAAUCCUGGAAUAGUCGAUGCAACUGUGUUCCACAGAUUCACAUGCUAUGCGUUCAGUGUUUCUGCCACUGAAAUUCGUGUCUCUGACAGCAGCGGAAGUUGUGAGAGGAAUCAGUCGCCUACAACUAAAGCCAGUAACGGAUCUGGGACGCUAAUUUUAACUCAAAAUCAAAACUGCUACGGUAGCUGCAAUUUCCCAUCCACUUGGAAUGAUAAAUGGUAUGACAGUGGUUUGGGAGAUUUCACCUUCAACCACUCCUCCAACAACCUUAAAGGAUGGUCAAUGUCAAUCCAUGGUCAGAUGGUCACUUCUUGGACCUGUCAGACACAGGGGAACUCGGAUAAUCUGCUCCUCUUUAAAGCCGACCAGAUCAUUGAAGUUAGCGGAGUAAAGAAGAAUGUAUUUCGAUGCAUCAAGUGGACAAACAUCACAGACAAUUCCUUCUAUUAUUAUGUCUACAAUGAUAUUGAAAGUAACGCGGGUAUUCAGAGAGUGAUUGUAGAAGAUCACGAUCCAUCCAUCCAAUCCUGGAACAUUUCUGAUUACUGCAAUCCAACUUCCAUGCCAAUGAUAGAGGAAUACCAUGUAAUUGUAAAGGAAGGACAAGAAAACUCCGUCAAACAGUGGUGUCCUAUACCACUUCUGGGCAACUUUACCUACAUCCAUAAUGAUGGAUCAACCACUUCAUGUGGAUCCUCGUCAUCACUCAAUGUCUGUCCUACCUGGGAUACUCUAACGUUUGACUACACCAAAUGCUCAACUGAACAGAUUUUCUCGAGAGAAGGAGAGGGUUACUGUGUUCAGACACUGUCGAAAGGAAAUACUUUCUUUACCAGUAUUCUUAAUCCUGGAAACGUCACUAGCGGCAGUCAUUAUCGGUUUACGUGUCUUGCAAUAACCUUGUCAGGAGCGCAGGUUGUCAUAAGUGAUAGCCCCGGAAGUUGUGAAGCAGGUCAAACAGCAGCAGUAAAAACCUCUGCUGGAAGUGGUGUACUAACAUUAACAUUAUUAGAUGGAAACUGUACGUUUCCGUUGGAUUGGGUGGCCUCGUGGCACGACAGCAGAACAGGAUCGGUUGAAUUUGUCAACGAUAAGGGAACUGUUUCUUCAGGGUGGUCAUUAAUGAUCGGCAGCAACAAUGUCUCUUCAUGGACUUGUAUGUCAGAUGACACCAAUAAUCAACUUCUACUUUUGAAAUCUGACAGCGUAAUGGAAAUCAAUGGAACCAAAAUGAAUGCUUUUAUGUGUAUAGACUGGAAGAAAAUCACUAGCAACUCCUACAGAUACUACAUUAGAACAGAUGAGAAUUCUGAUGUCAGCAAUGAACGAGUCACAGUAGAAGCCCAUGAUCCCUCCGUAAUACAGUGGAAUGUUAACACCUAUUGUAACCCAAGCAAUGGACCGAAGAUUGAACAAUUCCACAUGAUAGUCAAACAAGGUCAGGAGACAACAGUAAAACAAUGGUGUCCUAACCCUUUGCUGGGAACAUUUUUUCACACAAUAGACAAUGGAACCAAUCAGCUGUGUGGAAAUGGGUCACGUGUUGAUGUAUGUGCCACGUGGACUACAAUGACGUUUAAUUACACUAAGUGCUCUACAGAAGUAUUUUCAAAGGAAGGAGAGGUAUACUGUCUUUUCACAGUAAUCAGUGGUACUACAUACUAUACAUCCCUCCUAAAUCCUGGUUUCAUCGAUAACAACAACUACCACAGAUUCACUUGUUUAGCUAUUACAUCCGAUGUCAAUUCGGACAAUGUUUACGUAAGCGAGAGUGCCGGGAGUUGUGAACUUGGUCAGCAGUCUACAGUAAAACAGGCUGACGGGAAAGCCAACUACACGUUCACACCUUAUUCCACAUGUCAUGGUUCCUGUACAUUUCCAAUACAAUGGGAAAGUGAUUGGUACGAUUCUGGCAAGGGUUCUGUUGAAAUCAAUGCUCCUUCGAAGUCUAUCUCAACUGGGUGGUCAGUCACAGCUUACUCAAAGACUGUGACGUCAUGGACUUGUCAUGCAGAAGACACCUCUCAGAAUUAUUUGUUGUUCAAGUCGGACCACACAGUUGAAAAUGGAGGUACUCAAUACAAUCUGUUCAGAUGCAUUAAAUGGCGGGAAAUAACACCGUAUUCUCACUUUUACUAUGUGUUAGCAGACGUGAAUGCGAAUGCCCUGAAUGAAAGAGUAUAUAUAGAAUUGUACGACCCGUCUGUGACCUCAUGGAAUACAUCAACUUACUGCAACCCAACCUCUUUGCCAAAGCUAGAAGAAUAUCACGUUAUGGUUAAGAAAGGUUUUGAGUCUCAGGCAGCCCAGCCCUGCCCUGCUUUAUUAAUUGGUCGCUUUACCUACACACAUGACAGCGGAACGACCCAAACGUGCAGCAGCAGUUCAUUGCUGGCUGUCUGUCCAACGUGGAAUACCAUGACAUUUGACUACACGAAAUGUCCGACAGAACAAGCUUUCUCAAAGGAAGGAAUUGCGAACUGUUUAGUGUAUUUAAGUUCUGGGUCUACUGUAUUCACUUCGGUCCUGAACCCAGGUGACGUCACAGAUAGUCGCCAUAGUAUAUUUACUUGUUACGCUUCAACAAGAGCUAAUAAUACUGUGUAUAUGAGCGACAAUAGAGGGAGCUGCUUUCCCGGACAGUCCCCUAAUGUUAAACAGAUAGACGGAUCUGGAACUCUCAGCAUGAAUUAUCAAGAUUCUUGUAUUGACAAACCACCUGGCAGUGCUGAUGAUCUCUGUACUUUACCCACGAGUUGGGAUGGCGACUGGUAUGACAGUGGUAUGGGUGACAUAUGGAUCAGCGCCCGCACCAAAACAGUUACCUCUGGCUGGGAUGUGGCCGUUUCAAGAGCUAAUCUUACCUCCUGGUCGUGUGUUACAAGCAACGAUACGGGAUCGUUUUUACUUUUCAAAUCAGAUCAGCUGGUAGACUAUAAUGGAACGUUUUACUCAGCAUUCCGAUGUAUACAGUGGACAAAAAUCACCGACAGCUCCUACAUGUACUAUCCUGUGACUGAUGAAGAACCAUUGGCAGCUAAUGCAAGGAUAAAGCUUGAAGUGUAUGAUCCUACUAAAUUGACAUGGAAUACCUCGGAUUACUGUCACUCUUCCAAUCCUACAAACACAGAACAAUUUUACGUCAUUGUGAAGAAAGGAAAUGAGAAUGAAGCAAAACAGUGGUGCCCUUCACCAUUACUUGCUAAGUUCACGUACAAACACGUGACGGAUAAUGGCACAGAGACCUGUACUGGUGUUUCAUCUUUGGAUGUGUGCACAAACAGAACAACAAUGACUUUUGAUUACUCAAAAUGUUCCACGACUCAGGCCUUCUCAAGUGAAGGAAUACUAUAUUGUGUAAAGACGUUGAUGGUCAAUGGAGUAUACUACACACUGGUCCUAAAUCCUGGUUCUGUUGACAAUUUCUUCUAUCACAGGUUUACCUGUUUGGCAACCACAAAAACAGGGGAUGUUGUCUAUACCAGUGAUAGACAAUCAAUGUGUGCAAUGAACCAGUCCUCAGUUACUGUGACUGAGGGUGGCAGUGGUACUCUAGAAAUGACACCAACAGAAACAUGUGAUUUCACGACUCAAACUGAUGAGAGCAAACCUGGGGAAGGGGUGGCAACAGGCGCAGUCAUUGGAGCUGUCAUUGGUAUUCUCCUCAUUCUACUCAUCGCCGCAAUAAUCGGUUGUAUCGUCUUUAGAUACAUCAAGCACAAAAAAGCAAAAGUUCAUAAUGACCUUCAAAAGAAAAAACCACUUCCAGAGAGUGAUAAUGAAACGCCAAGAGCACUUAAUUUGAAUGUGGAUGAUAUGAAGAAGAACUUUGCUUUGCCGCCAUUGCAACAUAAUUCAACUCCAGUGGCUAAUAUCCCCUCAGUAGUUAAACCCCCUGAUCAUCCUCCUCCGUCACAUUUACCCCCGGUCCCAGUCAAUACAAGUACACCAACAAAGCAGAAGAAGAAAAAGAAACAUAAAAAAGAUAAAAAGAACAAAGAAAAUGGAGGUCCUCAUACGGACCAAUCGAGCUGGGAUACAUCAAAACCGGAUGUGAUUAGCGGGACUUCCGCUAUUGAACUUGAGGAAGACUAUGACGAAGCAAUAAAAGACAUAUUAGCUACAGUAGACAUUGACUGAAGAAGAGAGCUUAUUAUGAACCCUGGUGCUGAUUAUGUGGAACAAGAAAAUCCCUGCAAUACUUUCAAUGUUCCUUUAAGCUGCAAUCAAGACUGUGAUAGUUUGCCAUACCUUGUUUAAAAAGUUGUUUUUAAAUGUUGUAUUUUUCAACUUUUUAAAAUUAAAUUUAUUCGUGUU